AUGAGCCGUGGGAGCAGCCGCGGAUGGGGACCGGCGCGGCCCGGGGGCGGAGCGGGGUUCGUGCAGCGCGCGUGCGGCGACGGGUGCGAGCGGCAGAAGCCAGCGAUGGCGGAGCAGAGGCGGGGCACGGUCGCGGCCGCAGGCGACGUGAAGCGGCACAGUGGGCGGCGACGGGGUCGCAGGCGAGGUGCUAGUGCGAGUGGGGGGGGGGCGCGGGAUGUGGUGGCCGAACGCAGGCGCGCGUGGGCCGGCGGCGAGAUGCGUGCGCGCGGCCAGAGCGCGUGCGGGGCGGUGGUGGCUGCGAGUGGGCGCCGGAGCGCGUGCGCGACAGAGAGGAGGGGAAGGCGGGAAGGUGUUCCUCACCCCCGUUGUAGAGGUGCGGCGGCGUGGCUCGAGGAGGCCGGUGGGGUAGGGGCGACAGCGAGGCGACGGGGCGGAGGAGCACGGUGUUGGGUAUGCAAGGCAGCACCGGGUGGCGUCAGGCUCGGCGAGGCGGCGCCGGGCGUCGGCGAUGACGACGGGAUUGGGGGCGGCGCGUCUAGAUCGGGGAGAGGGGGGCGCCGAGGAAAGUGGGGGGAUCGGGGAAGGAUGUGGGGUGGGUCGUGGGGUAGUUAG